GCCUAUAUCCUCUGUAGUGUUACUUGAGUGCGUGGCAGGAGAGGCGGAGCCACUGGAUGUUUUCACGCGCGCUUGCAACUGCUGCAAUUACUGGUGCCGUCUGCUCACGCAAAUCUGCUAGCGUGGGAACGAGCUUUGGCAUUGAGAACGUCCGGAUAGUUGCUGCAAAGACUGUAUUGACGUUAGUGGCUUCAGCGGCGGCCUCUUCUUAAGGUACAGAUAACUGCUUUCUGCAGAGAUCCCGGACAUUUUUCGUAGAUUGCUGUAGGCUUUGCGCGCCUAGCAGGAGACAUGCCUCGCGGACGUAAGAGUCGGCGCCGCCGCAACGCAAGGGCCGCAGAAGAGAACCGCAAUAAUCGCAAGAUCCAGGCCUCAGAGGCCUCUGAAACCCCGAUGGCCGCCUCUGUGGUCCCGAGCACCCCGGAAGACGAUGUGAGCGGCCCAGAGGAAGACCCGAGCACCCCAGAAGAGGCCUCCACCACCCCCGAAGAAACCUCGAGCACUGCUCAAGCGCAAAAGCCCUCGGUAGCCCGGAGCAAUUUUCAGGGCACCAAGAAAAGCCUCCUGAUGUCCAUAUUAGCCCUCAUCUUCAUCAUGGGUAACAGCGCCAAGGAGGCCUUGGUCUGGAAAGUGCUGGGGAAGUUGGGGAUGCAGCCUGGCCGGCAGCACAGCAUAUUUGGAGAUCUGAAGAAGGUCGUCACUGAAGAGUUUGUGCGCAGAGGGUACCUGAUUUAUAAGCCAGUGCCGCGCAGCAGUCCCGUGGAAUACGAAUUUUUCUGGGGCCCUCGAGCUCACGUGGAAUCGAGCAAGCUGAAAGUCAUGCAUUUUGUGGCAAGGGUGCGUAACCGAUGCUCCAAGGACUGGCCAUGUAAUUACGAUUGGGAUUCAGACGAUGAUGCAGAGGUUGAGGCUAUCCUCAAUUCAGGUGGUAGGGGUUACUCCGCCCCUUAGAGAAACCUGGGGCAGAACCUUGGGGGUGGAAAAGAGUCAAAGUUACCCCAAGGAGUAGAUCGCCUGGGUCUUUGGUUUAAAAAGACAGGGAUUGGGGAGGGGCACUAUAUUUAGUAUUUGUGAUCAGUGCUAAUUGUUUAACUGUGGAAUAGAGCAUUUACUUUGGAUACUGUAAAAUUUUAUUCAUUUUAGUGAUGUUGAAUUUCGAUCACAAUCUGUUCCUAAAUAUAAUUGAAGAGGCGAGUUUUUUCUUUUAUUUUCUUUUGUCAUUUACAAUUAGGAUAACAGUUUUCCUAGCGAUAUAAAAUGAAGUGUUCCCAUCGUAGUCUGUGAUCAGGUCCAUUAUAGAAAAUUGAAAAAGGCUGUUCUUUGAAAGUUUGAAAUAACCAGUAAAAUGGGAAAAUAUGGGAGAAUUAUUCAUGUAUGAUUUUUCUGCACCCCUUCAUGUCUGCUGUUGUGUAAAGAAGGUUGAUAUAUACUGUGAUUUUGAUUAGUUAUUGCAGAAUGUAGACUAAAAUAAAAGUCUAAUGACUAGGA